AGUGAAGCUCAGAGAAAACACAGGACAGGAAAGGAUUUCUAAUGCAGACACUGUUUUUUAAAGCUUAGAAUGUAAAUCUACAAGAAGCAGAAGAUGCAGCUAAAACUUUUAAUUCACUGUUUUCUUCUGUCAACAGCUGAAUGUGGUUCCCACUCUCUGGUCUUCAUGUCUACAGGACGUGUGCAGCCUGGAGGUCGACCUUCAUUUGAGCAACUCACUGUAUUUGAUGGAGUUCCCAUCUCUCACUGUGACAGCUCCUCCUGGACAGAACAGCUCAAACCUGAGCUGGAGUCAAAAAACUUACCAGGAAACUGUCAGGAAGCAGGUUAUAAUGUCCUAGAAUCUCUUCACCAGAUUCCUGCACUUAUCAACAUCACAGUGUAUGUUGUACAGCGGAGACGUGGCUGCAUCCAGUCAGCCAGUGGGACUGUCUCAGUGUUUGAAGCCUGGGCAGUGAAUGGGAUGGACUUCAUCAGCUUUGACCCUGAGUCUCAGAGCUGGACGUCCCAGUCUCCCUCUGCUACAACAGUUAAACAACUUUGGAACAGCAUGAAAGCAAUGAACUCUGCCUAUAGACAGUUCAUCAGAGGACAAUGUCCACAGAUGAUGGAGAGAAUUCAACUAAGGACAAUAAACCCAAACACAGAGCUGAGUGUAUUUGCGAAGCCCGUUCCUAACACAGCCCAGGCUCUGCUCAGAUGUCACGUGAUGAGUACUGACAGAUCAGUGAGCUCAGUGUAUCUGACUGGAGACGGGGCUUCCAAAGCCAACUGGAUCACAGUGACCGGACCACUGCCUUCUGAAGAUGGAUCUGUGAUCCUCAGGCUGACAGCUGGGAUCUCCCUGAACCAGGACACAUACAGCUGCACAGUACAAACAGGAGGACACAACAUUACUGUCUCUUGGGAUGGGAAUUCUCUUGAUGGCAGACACCUUCUUAUACGGACAAGUUUGUACUGGAAAAUGCUGACGAUAAUCCUUGGAUUCAUUUGCAUGGGAUUCAUGGUCACCAUUUCAUUCUGUGCAACAAUGUCAUUGAUUAAAUGUGUCAAAAAGAAGCAUCAUCCUCUGCCAUCAUCUGAUCUACAGCUGGUGGAGCAAUGUCCAGGAUGA